UCCGCAAGACACAUAUGCCUACCUCUUCUUUUGUACAAUUGUACUUAUCUUUCUCCAUAGUUUUGCAUUCAUAGAGAGAGUGAAACAUUUAUAUAAUCUUAUCUCAAUUGAAAGAAAAUUCUCUUUGAAAUUUUAGUGGAAACCUAUGUUGGCAUGAAAAAGAUGGAACUGGCAACACUAGACAUCAUAAUCAGCUGUCUGACUGAAGAUUUUAUGCACCAGUGCCAUUAACAGCUCACUUUUGUGCUGUGAAAUGAAUCACAGUUGUGAUUAUCUAGUUCACAAAAGCUGCAGAAUACUCAGUAAGAAAACACUUUGGAUUUUAAACAAUUUCUUGAGAACAUUAAGAUGACCAGGAAAAGUGGAGAUUUAAUGUUGCAUAUUAAUUAACAAUAUCCUCUUGUAAAUAAUAGAAUUAACACAACCAUGUGCUCAUCGCUGCACUGUGCUGUCAUACAAGAGCUCCGUCAUCAAAAAUUUAGCCAACAAGUGACGUGACAAAUUCUGUAGACAAUGUGUGAUAUUCAAAAAAAGUUUCUCUGUCCCCGUUUGGUGGACUACCUCGCCAUUGUGGGAGCACGCCCACCAGGUCCGGGACCAGGCUCAAGAGUGGGCUCCAGUGGCAGUACUCCUGCAGUGCAGACUCCAGAACUGUUGCGCAGGUAUCCAAUGGAAGACCACAAGGAUUUCCCUUUGCCUCUUGACAUGGUUUACUUUUGUCAGCCGGAAGGCUGUGUCUCUGUGGGACCACGCCGUACUGCUCUACGAGAAGCAACCUCUUUUGUCUUCACAUUAACUGAGAAGGAUUCAGGCAAGAGUCGAUAUGGAAUCUGCGUUAAUUUCUACCGCCCAAUGGAACGUGUUGCACCACCUGCUGGACUUGGUGGAUCUCGCCGAGACCGUCGCUCGUCAGCAUUUAGAAGAGAAUCCUGGAGAAAGAGUGUUGAGAAAAGCUCAGAUUCAGCUUUUUCUAGUGAUUACCGGAGCAGUCAGGUGGCCCCUAGUGACUCUGACCGGGAUUGUCCCAGCAGCAGCAGACGGGAUUCUGACAGCCAGCAUCCAGGUAGCCUGCGACUGGGGGUGGCCGGAGCUGGUGUACCUGGCGGGGGCAAUGAUUCGGAGAGUGGUGGUUCUCAUUCCCCUUCACCUCGUGCCAGCCGUCGUGCGAGACAGGGAAUUUCAGGAUUAUACCCAAAUUUGAGGGUCCGGAAUCAUUCUCUGACUUCUUUGUGCCUCUUAUCUCAUCACCCAUUUUUCUCAAUAUUUCGCGAAUGUUUAUUCAUUCUCAAGAAACUCAUAGAUGCUUGCAAUGAGAAUACAUCACCAAGACGUGUUGGGGCUUCCAGGCAAAUUUCAAGGGAUUCAGUGUGGAGUGUGCUGACUGGUAGGGCCUAUGAUGGUACACCAUCUAUUGUUUUACAUGAUGUACGUGAAAUUGAAACAUGGAUCCUGCGGUUACUGAGUGCACCAGUUCCAGUGCCUGGGAAGACAAGAGUGGAGGUGGAAGUCUUGUCACCAAGUGUUCGUCCACCACUCGUAUUUGCUCUUCCUGAUCACACACGCUUUUCCUUGGUGGACUUUCCAUUGCAUUUGCCAUUAGAAUUAUUGGGUGUUGAUAUAUGUGUGAAAGUCCUUACACUCAUACUUCUUGAGAAUAAGCUGGUGCUACAAUCACGAGAUUACAAUGCCUUGUCCAUGUCUGUGAUGGCAUUUGUAACAAUGAUUUACCCAUUAGAGUAUAUGUUCCCUGUGAUACCUCUCUUACCAACAUGUAUGAGCUGUGCUGAACAACUAUUACUUGCACCGACUCCUUUCGUCAUUGGUAUACCAGCCAGUUUUCUAAUGUACAAAAAGAAUUUUAGGCUUCCUGAUGACAUCUGGCUGGUCGACUUGGACUCAAAUAAGAUAACACCGCCAUCUGGAGCAACAGAUGAACUACCACCAUUACCAGAACCUGAGGGGACAAUUUUGAAAAACCAUCUUAAACAGGCACUGUCAAGUAUGUCACUGGCAGCACCAACAGUAGUGGUUCCGAGAGAAGAAUCCAUAACCACAGAAGCACAUCAGCAACAUCCCUCUCAGGGCCAGUGGCAGGGUAGCUCUGCUGCACCACCCCAGCAGCCAGGAAUGGGAGCUCCUAGUGGCAGAAAAGAAUCACAUGUUCCAGAACCUUUACAUGCUACAACAGGAUUCAACCCAUUCAUAUAUGGAAAUGAUGUUGACUCUGUUGAUGUUGCGACAAGAGUAGCAAUGGUGAGAUUUUUCAACUCCCAGAAUCUUCUAGCAAAUUUUGCUGAACACACGAGAACACUGAGACUCUAUCCAAGACCUGUUGUUGCAUUCCAGAUUAAUAGCUUCUUGAGAUCCAGGCCUCGAACAACACAUUUUCUUAACCGCUUUGCUCGUACUCAGGCUGUGGAAUUUCUGGCAGAAUGGUCUCUAACUCCUAGCAAUGUCGCAUUCUUGCGUGUGCACACUGGGGUGUUUGAUCCUACUCUUAUUGGAGAUAAAUCCAAGUGGUAUGCACAUACUCUGGAACCCAUUUACUUCAGUGUGUGGGAUGAGAGCAGUUCACUGAGUGGGGCAUUGCGAUCAUUACGUCAGCAGGAGCAACCAACAGAUGAAAGUGGUUCUGAUUCAGAAGGAGCUGAGAGCACAAGCUCAUCAUACUCUUCUCUCAGUGACUUUGUAUCAGAAAUGGUAUCAUCCGACUUAUCACCAAGUUUCCCACCAACAUCGGUUGAUCGUACAGAGCCACCACCAGCUGCACUCACCAUUCAGCCAUUAGCUCUGUGUAGUGGCCUUGACCACCGCACUGUAUAUAAUCCACCAAGCAGUCUGCAGUUUCCUGGUUCCAUGAUGCCUGCUGUCAGUGCUCCAGCAACAUCACCUCCAGGCUCAACCUCUUCUAGCAGAAGUGAUCUCAGCUCGCCUUCCCUGAAUCGUGAUUCUGAACUUGAUUUUGCUGCAGCUGUUGCUGUUGCAAAUAGUAGUCAGGAACAAUUACCAGCUGAAUCAUUGCAACCUCAGCGACUGGGAACACUGGAGAAAGAAGACAUAGCAAGCCCAGGUGGAGAAUCAGAUUCCAACUCAACGAUGACAACAGCUACCCCUAAGACUGUACUAAGUCAACAGUCAUCUAUACCGCACCGAUCUCCUACUCCCAGCCUUGGUAGUGAGGGCUCUGGUUCACUCUCACUAGGAGGUUCAUCAGAUAGAGAGAGAGAUAGGCCUGGCACUCCAAGAGCACCUCAUCGUCCACCACGGCCUGCCACACCAGUUCCUCCUUCAAGCCCAGGCCCACAGCGCCAAACAAGCUUGGGAAAUGUCCUGGCACGUACUGCUAGUUUUGGUUCGGGAAGCAGCAGGGACAGUGGCAGUGGGAGUAGUGGUGUUCCACGACAGGGUAGCCAAACAUCAUUGCUGGAACAAUUUGCUGUUUCUGCAAAGGAAUUGGUGCGAGAAACUACGCGGCAGAGUAGUCAGGAUGGACUCCUUGCACAUAUGGACAAGUUGAAACUACAAGCCAAAGAAAAAAUCAAUGAGGCAACUCAUGAAGAGGGAAGCUUAUUUGCACCUCUUGAACAGUUUACUAUCCAGGCCAAAAAAGCAGCUGAAGAGGCUUCAAAAUCCGUCCAAGAAGCAUCUAAGACAGCUCUGGAAGCCAGUAAGACUGCAGCUGGUGUCAGCAAGAAUACAUUUGAGGAUUUGACAUAUGUUGGAAAGAGUACCUUGGGUGAUCUAACAAAAAGUGCCAAACAGGCUGCAGCAAAGAAAGGAUUUAUUAAGGUAACUUUUUCAUCUGGUAAUCAACAUGUAUACACUGUAAAUCAGGACUUCCUACAAAUUCAUGAGCUUACAUUCUAUGUGUCAAGCUCUUCUGUGUCUAAAUGGUUGAAAACAAUUCUUCUGGCUGGACCUAUAGGUGUGGGAGAUUUUAUUGCACAAACUGAUGUUAUUUACUUUCAGAAGUUGUCCAUCAUGACUUCUGAUAUUUUUAUGAAGAAUAAUAAGAUUCUUAUAGCUACCUCUACUGUCCUUCUGCUGGUCUGCUUGUCCAUUAACACCGUUAGUCCCCGUUGCACUCAAAACUGUGUUGGAUACAUUAAGACCUAUGUCGCAGCUGGAGAUUUGUUCACUAGAUGUCGUUGGCGAGUACCGGUACAAAAUCUGACCUUUCUUGCAGAGCUGGUUGUAAGUGUUUUUACUACAUCACACCGUUUCCAUGGGUUUGAUACUGAUGAAGCAAUGUUCCUGCACAAUGACAAAUUCAUUAUAUAUUCAUUAAAUCUGUACACUGUUUCGUUGACUUCUGGCUUGAUAAUAACUGCAUCGUCCAAAUUGAAAUCACUAGUAAGAUCUGAUGCCCCUUCAACUACACCACUGAGGCAUGCAUUUGGUUUAACAACAGAUGAUGAGCCUCAUUCAGCUCUAGAACAAAACAGAGCACAACAGACCAUUAAUAAGAAUUUAAGAGACAGAUCAGAAACUAAGCUAAGUAGAAAAAUAUAUUGCUUUCUGCUGCUUUUUAAAGAAGAGGAGCCUCAUUCAGCUUUAGAACAAAACAGAGCACAACAAACCAUUAAUAAGAAUUUAAGAGACAGAUCAGAAACCAAGCUAAGUAGAAAAAAGACCUUUCUUCUGAGUAGCAGUCAUGGGAGCAGUAUGGCAGCACUCGCAGGAAAAAAUUGUGAUCAUGCUACCAGAUCACAAGCAUUUGAAGAAGAGCAGGUAUUGGUAUUUAAGGGAGCUGGCUAUAACCUGACCAAGAAUAGAGAAUACAGUACCAGGAGUGACCUGGAGAAGCUAAGUGCAGUAAAAUCAUGCUCAAGUGUGGAUUCUGCAAUAAAUGUGCCAUGUGGGUCAAUGCAGUCAGGCCGCUUGUUCCGUGUAUUCCCAAUCCUUUCAUUGAAGUCUCCCAGUGGCACUUUAAUAGUGGGAGCAUAUGCUGAGAUUAAUAUGAUGGGGCCCGAUGUCCUUAAUCUGAAAGUUGUUAAUCAUUCAGAAAUAGAUUUUGGUUAUUCACGGCACCUAAGCAGCUGCCUUUCUCUGAGAGAUGAGUUUCCUGUAAUGCAGCCACUCAGUGCAAAAAUGCAGCAGUUCUCUGUCAAUUAUGGCUGUUUUUUUGACUGCAGGGGCAGUAUCUGUAGGAGUGUCAUGUCUGGAUGUCUCAAUAACCAACCUAGUAUCAAGCACUGCAAGAUGCUUGCUGCUCCAUACACUCAUAUAACUACAAGGAGAAAGUGGAGUAUCCUCUCCAUAGGCACUGCAUCACCUGGGACUUAUUUAAAAACCAUGAACUUGCCCAGCAUUCAUGACUUUCUCUCAACCCAAACAAAGGUUGAACCGUGCUGUUGCCGUGGUACUCUGGAUCCGUUGUCUUUUUCACUAAGCAUAUGCACCAUACUGAAGCCCUCCUGCACCACUGCAGCUGCCAUUGGGGAGUUCACCCACAAACUUAGGCAUACUUUUGCUCCGUUUGAAAAACAAAUUCACACAGAUAAGUUGAAAUAUUAUGACAUCAGAGUUACUGUUAGUAGCUGGAUUUCAUCCUAUCGAACUAAAAGGAUUCAGAGUGUUGUGUUACGAAACUCGAGGAGUACCAUUGACAACAAUCAGUCACUGAUUGGAAGCAAAAUAUUUUACAAUGUAUACAAUAUAUCUAAGGCCCUACUCUUGCUUGGUGAAAUAAAGAAAAUAGCUGAGGUACCAGAUAUGAACUGUAUUGCAACAAUUUCAUAUAACAUACAUUCACAGCCCAACCAACAACAGCAGCACCAACAGCAACAGCAGCAGCAGGGAAAUAUCCAGACAGCUACUGGACAGCCGGGAGGUGGUCCAAACAACUUAUUGGUGCAGCCUGAUCUAGGCCGCACUGCAGGCAGAGACUUCUUCUCCAAUGUCAGUUCAGAGCUGAAUGGCAUUGCAGCCCAGACCUCCAGCAUGUUCAGUGGAUUCUUUGGAUCAAAAAGCACUUCUAGUCCUAGAAGCAGUAGCCCUGGAACGGCAGCUGCCACUGUCACCAAGCCCAAAGAAAAGGCACAGCCAUUUGGUCCUUUUCCUAAAGGCCGUAAGGGAUUGGUAGAAAAAUCAUCUCUGAUACGACAUACAACUACAAAAAGCAGGCAAGAGGAAUUGCAAAGAAUACAGAGUGCUGAACGUUCCACCACAAAUUCUGAGAAUCAAGCUUUCCUGAAGGAUGUUGUGAAUCAAGUUUUAGAUGGGGAAGGUGUUGGAUGGUUAAAAUUAAAUCGCCUGAAAAAGCUUAUGGAGGAUGAGAGCUACAGAAACUUUGUAGUGAGCAAGUUGAAUCGUACUCUGGAGAGAAAAAUCAGUCCUGAUGAUCACAUUGAUGAUGUUUGCGUCAGUCGAGCUGUCUGGAAAGGCAUGUUGAAAACACUACAAGCUGUGAUAUACGGCUUGGAGCAAACAUAUUCAAACAAUGGUUUGGGUGGCAUGGCUUCAGCAUUUCAAGUGCUGGAGAUUGCACAUACACACUACUGGACAAAAGAUUUAUCGGAAGCUCCAGGCAUGGAUCUUGCUGCUAGCAGUACCGCUGCGAUGUCACAGGCAAGUGGAAUUUUCCAUUCUUUAAAUAAAUAUUUUAAAUUGUACAUUAUGAUAAAUAAAUCUCUCUUUGAAUUUCUUGAUAGUCAAGUUGUGCUCUGGCUGUCAACUUUUAAUGUUUUUCAGACUCGAUCCCUAGACCAUUGGGUUGUUUUUCAGCAGGUAAUAAAUCCACUCCAAAAUUUGCAAUUCUUCAUCUCAUAUGGUGCACAACCCCACUACCUAGCUGAUGACUGGGAUUUUCUCAGUGAUCGCUUUCCAGGUCAACGGAUUGGCCAUGAUUUGCCAAUUGGAUGUUGUGCUGUAUAUAGAAAUAAAGUGAGUAUAUUGAACUGUUUGAUUUCUAAAUCUUUGUAUGUGACAGUUGCCAGGAAAACUAUAACUGUUGAGGUCUCAUCCUGUUUGAAGCCGUGCCACAAAGCCUUGUUUUCUACCAAAUUUGGCAUUCUGGUCUACUGUGUAUGGAGCACUCACUUCCAGCUAGAUUCCAAAGUUUCUGAGAAGCUGUUUCAUGUUACAAUUAAUGUACCCAGUACUACUGUCUGCAUGCAGUACUUUCAUUCUUUGACUGAACAUAUUCAGCAAAAGGGCAUUUAUUUAAUGAAAUCAAUCAAUGAAAUUAAAUUUGUGUCUGAGAAAAUAAGUGGAGAAACAGUUUGUUCCACAUUGCAUGUGUUGUCUCACAAACUAACAGAUUUUGCAUUUGAUUUGUGUUUGCUGAUGUGGAAAUCAAACAUCUCUUCAGCCAUUGUAGACUACUUUUUGUCUAAGCACCUCAAGAUCAGCAUAAUGAGAUUUUGCCUAGAAAUGCAAAAUCUCAUUCAAUGUUAUAAAAGCAGAAGAAACUUAUUGAUAAUUUUUCUGAAUGUUCUAUCUCUUAAAGCAAGGUUCCAUACACAAGCUUGGGAAAAUGGUUUUGAAAAGUGCUGGCAUGAAAGAUGCAUGUCAAACAGUGCAGAAAUUACAUAUGGUGCGAUAAUAGCAGUGCCUGUGAAGUUGUCUGGAAGGAGCUGUACACACAAGUUUGUGUUGCUUGUGGCUGAAGGGUUAAGAUGUUACUAUAUAAAUCAUGUAUAUAUACCAUUACUGCUUAUGGUCACGGAGUUAUUCCUGCAAGUUGUGCCUCACCAAAAUAUAUUUCAGACAAUUAAUUAUAUCACUAACACAUCAGACAAACUGUGUGUGAAAAGGAUAGGAUGGAUAAUGACCUACAUUGAGACAGGGUUUAUUUCUGCAUUGAAGCUCAGUUUGCCAGUAGAAUGCUCCUUAAAUGUCUGUAGACAUUUAUUAAGACAUUUUGAGCCCAAAGUUGUGUGGGACACAUCAUGGAUAAUGUACAACACAUCAGAACUUGCUGGCCACAGAUCCGCUUCUUCUUCUUUGCUAAUAACCACAUUUUUGUUGUGGCAAAUCACUGUAAUUGAUGUCAGACAAUGUGGAGAAUGUCAUUUUCACUUCUCACCACUGCAAGUAGUUCAACUAACUAGUGACGGGAGCUGGUGCAGGAUAAAUGUUCCAAGUGAACAGCUAUCUGCUAGCACGAGGCAUAACCUUCUGAAGAAGGAUGAAGUAACAGAUCUGUGUAUUAUCAGCUGUAAACUAACACAGAAAUUGUUGUUUGCACAGUGUUGCACUGUGGUUUUAAAACUAAUGACUAGAAGGUCCACACUCAUGCACCAUCAGUCUAUAAGCAGAAAAGUACGCCUAUUUGUGGAGAAAAAAAUAGGGAAUGAAGGUCCUUACAUGUUGACUGAGGGAAUGAAGAGGUUGUUCAAGUUAGUGUGUAGAAUCUUUUAUCCACACAAUCCCAAAGGAGUCAUGAAAGGAAAACAUUGGGACACGAUUGAAAGCAUCCAGGCGCAUGUUACAUUCCAGAAAAGGCCUUGCAGGAUGCCUUCCAGGCAUGGAAACACUGCCUCCAGAAGUGUAUUGAUGCAAGAGGGUCCUAUUUUGAAAGUUUUUGAUUAUUUAUCUUUAGGAAGUUUGUUAUUAAGAAUCAAACACAAUUUGAAAACAAUAAUAACAUUCAUAAAUAUAAUAUUAGAAGGAGAACUGACACUAUCCACCACUCAAAGCAUGUUUUGGUUGUCCAAUUCUGGUGUCCAUGUUCCACUAAUUGGUACACAGAUUCUUAUAUUUUUCGUAAUAUCAAGGCCAUUUUUUAAAUAUCUCCAAUGGAAAGCAUCAAGUCCAUUUGGAAGUCAUGAAAAUCUGAAGUCCCCGCAGAGCCCGCAUGGUUUCCAGCUUCCCCCUCACUCCGAUUUUUAUCCUCCAGACAGUUCUCGGAAAUCAUCUCAGGCUGGUAUUUAUGAUUCACCUCCAUCAGUGCGGUUGAUUCAGGAUCCUCAACAAGGAACAGAAGAAAGUGGUGAUGGGCAGUCUACCACUGAUAUGCUCCGUGAUUUGCUCAAUCAGAAACGGCAUUUGCUUUUAUCUAAAUUAACCUCCAUGGACUCUGAGGGUGGGACUGAGAACACUUUACAUGGCUCAACUGAGGGUGUGGCUUCUUGCAAUGCAUCCGAUGCUGGCAGUAUCAUCACAAACCCGGCAUUCACAAGACAAAGGGCCGGUCACCAAGCUUCGUUCCGUAGUACUGUUUCUGAUAGUGAGAUAGAACAGGGCAAUUUUCCACGCCAAGCAAAGCAACGAACACCUAGUGUCUGGUCGAGCAAAUCAUCUCUUAGCACCGGAUUUCGAUACCAUGGUGGAAAUAUGAUCAACACUUCAACAACACCAAGUCCUGAUACAGGAAGAACAUAUCUCUUUGAAGGACUUAUUGGCAAGGAACGCUCCAGCCUGUGGGACCAGAUGCAGUUUUGGGAGGAUGCCUUCCUUGAUGCAGUUUCACAAGAAAGAGAUAUGGUUGGAAUGGAUCAAGGACCAGGAGAGAUGAUGGAAAGGUAUAAUUCUCUCAGCGACACAGAAAGGAAAAGGUUGGAACAUGAUGAAGAUCGACUUCUUUCCACAAUGUUGUAUAACCUGGUAGCAAUCAUGGUCAUGAUGAAUGUCAAUAAAUUAGAUAUAAAGCGUAAAGUGCGCAGACUGCUUGGAAAGAGCCAUAUUGGGUUAGUCUACAGCCAAGAAGUUAACCAGUUACUGGACCAAAUAAACAACCUGCAUGGCAAUGACAUUGAUCUGAAGCCACUAGGCUCAAGGCAGAUGCACCGACAAAGCUUUACAGUUCAUGCAGGUGUAGAUCCUUCUGGUGAUUUACUGUUCCUUGAAGUUCGUGAAGAUGGACUUGUCUUGCGUUCUGUGAAUGGUACAAUUGUUGAGCGGUGGUGGUUUGAACGGCUUGUUAACAUGACGUACAGCCCAAAAAAUAAGGUGCUGUGCCUUUGGAGACGAAAUGGUGGUCAGACACAGUUGCAUAAAUAUUAUACGAAAAAGUGUAAAGAUCUCUACUAUUGCAUAAAAGAAGCAAUGGAGCGGGCAGCAGCAAGAGGUAGUGGUGCUCUGGCCGGAGUAGAACUUGGAGGGGAGUUCCCAGUACAAGAUAUGCGAACUGGUGAAGGUGGCUUACUGCAAGUGUGUCUUGAGGGAGUUGGUCUGCUUUUUGCCAACAGCAAGGAUUUCGAGUUCUUUGUACGGUUGGAUCACAUUCGCAAAUGCUUCACUCAGAAAGGUGGAAUCUUCGUCUUGGAAGAAUAUAACCCCAAGACAAGACAGGUGAUACAGAGGAGGUACAAGUCUUCAAUGUCAGAUCAGAUUUGCUACUCGGUGCUGUGUGUUUUCUCGUAUAUCGCAGCAGGACAAGAACACAGGCAUUUGCAGCAAAGCCAAGGAGAUGGGGUGUCUCUUCCAUCACAACAACACUCGUCACACUCUCCGCAGCACCUUCAUUGAAGUUCUGAUUUCUAUGCUACCUUGAUUUCUUAUUGAUUCCAAAACUAUGCUUUAUUACAGUUUAAUAUUGGAAGCUUAAUAACACAAAUAAGAAGUUCAAGUUAUGUACAAGUUUUGUAUGAAAUGUUCAGGUUAUGCAAAAUGAAAUGAAUGCUCAGUUUGAAAAAGUUGUUGUAGCUAUUUAUUUAAAUUCUUAAAUUGCAUAAGUUUUGUGUUCUCAUUACCAUAUAACCUACAGCUAUGCAAUGUUAUAUGAAUAUGAACUCUCUUGCAAAAAACAAUGUUAAAAUUUUGUGUUCUCCUUACCAUGUAACUUACAGCUAUACAAUGUUACAUGAAUAUGAACUCUCUUGCAAAAAACAAUGUUUAUCAAUUAGUGCCCAUACAGCUUUUGAUGGCACAAAGGCUUCAUUAUCCAGAACAAAUGUGAAAUGCUAAUUCUCAUUUGACUUCAUUUGGUCUUUAGUUUUGGUCCACAUAGUUUACCCAGCAGCCUCUUAGAAAUGUACUUGGAUAAUUUAUGGGUCCACUGCAUGUUAUGGGCCAAAUAGGGUAUUUAAAAUAAAUACCAAGUGCAACUGAUACAACACCAAAUAGAAUAUUAAUGAUAUGUUAUGUAGUCCCAAUAUAUUAUUUCUUUCUAAUGAACAUAAAUUCGGUAUCUGCC